AUGAUCGCCUCACCGAAUUCCCGGCGAGUGCGGGUCCUCGCCGGCGUCGCAGUCCUGGCUUUUGUGUACAGCUACGUACAGAUUCGUUCACGAUGGGGGCAGCCUCCGUUUGGAUACGCCCACGGCUACUACGAAAGCGUUACGAGUUAUUUCAGUGGCCCGAUCUACUACAACAAUACGCUGUACACCGAGGACACCGAGGGCCUGGUCGACAAGUAUUACAACUCCAGCAAUCCCUGCGCAAGUUUCCCGGGCACCGACGGCAUACUACUGGUCAUGAAGACCGGCGCUACAGAAGUCUAUGACAGAAUACCUACCCAUCUACUGACCACCUUGACAUGUCUACCCGACUUCCUACUCUUCUCGGACAUGGAGCAACAGGUCGGUCCAUACCACGUAUACGAUGCUCUAGCCGAGUUCGACGAGUCGGCAAAGGCCCACAAUGCCGACUUUGACCUGUACCGCGACCAGAAAGAGUGUCCAGUCUCUCAGAAGUCAUGUGUCGACGCCAAGACCGAUGGCCAGAAGGCGUGGAACCUCGACAAGUACAAGUUCCUGCCCAUGAUGGAGCAAACGUGGAGAAUGCGCCCUGGCCGGGACUGGUACAUCUUCGCCGAGGCCGACACCUAUGUCUUUUGGGCCAACAUCGUCCACUGGUUGAGGGAGCGGUCACACCUCAACCCGCGUGAGAAGAUCUACCUGGGCAGCCGGAGUUUCAUUGGAGGAAGCUCCUUCGCGCACGGAGGCUCGGGUUAUAUAAUCAGCGGUACCUUGUUGAAGCACCUCAUCCAGCACCAUCCAGGUGUAGUCAAACAGUACAACGUCCGGGGCGCCAAUGAAUGCUGUGGUGAUCUGAUGCUGGCACUGGCUCUCGAGGAAUACGAAGGCGUCCAGGUUCGACAGACAUGGCCCAUGAUUAAUGGUGAGAAGCCGAGCACACUGCCUUACGGGCCUGGCCACUGGUGCGAACCGAUCCUCACCAUGCACCACAUGAACGCCGAGGAGAUCAGCGGCGUAUGGCAGUUCGAGCAGACCCGGAAAACCGAUCGUACCUUGAUGAUCAAGGACUUGUACCACGGCCUUAUUGCUCCCAAGAUGCAGGUCAUGCGUGAAAAUUGGGAUAACCUCUCGGACGACGUGUGCUACAUCAAUCCCGACCCGGAAGCGCAGGAGCGUGCUGAUGGCCAAGCACGGGAACGGCAGAAGAACAAGGACGAGAUGAACGAAGUGGAGAAGGAGGCGUGGAAGUCGUCGGAGAAUUGUCGCAAGGUAUGCGCGUCAGAAGAUGUGCCCGACGACGAGGACUGGGACAGACGUAGAGUGAUGGCACGCCGAGCUGGCGAUCCGGCGACCGCUAACAACACCGAGAUCGCCGAAGAUACAUCUCCAAGCGAUGCGACUGCGCGAGACACCUGGAAGAGCUUGAUGAACGAGAAGAAGCGCAACCGCACCUGUUUCCAGUACCGUUGGCACGACGAGGUUUGCUGUACCUCCAGAAGCUUCAAGCUCGGAGCCCCCAAGACGCCACCUGGCGAUGACGAUGUCAAGGCCAAGUGGAAGAGCGGUUGGGACUUAAAAGGGAUCAACGAUUGGAUAGAAGCGAUGGGCGAAUGCAAAGAGCCGGCCUGGAAGACGCCCGAGUUGUGA